UUUUUCGUGGGGGAAACUGAACACACGUAUGUAGCUACAUACGCAUACAUUGGUGAACGCACACUGAUAGACACAGAGAGAUAGGAAGAAAGAGAGAGAGAGAGAGGGAGAAGAGAAGAGAGAAAGAGGGACAGAGAGGUAUAGAGAGAGAGAGAGAGAGAGAGAGAGAGAGAGAGAGAUUCAGGAGCGUAUAGCGUGUCUCCUCCUCCUCCACCGCCUUCCAUAAGUCGGGUAUAGAGAGAGCCGGCUGAAAGAAGCAGUGGUGGUCGUUACGGUAGGAGGGCCUCUCUUCCCGUACCGGUUCCUCAGUAAUCGCCGCGAGGAGAAACGCGCCGCUUUCGAUUCCUCUCUUACUCUCUUCUUCUAUAUCCGUUUAACGCAAGACAUCGGCAACGCGAUAUCUCGGCGCCUCGUGCUUCUACCCUACAGUGUGUUAUCAUCCUCGUGUUGUUAUCGUUAUCGCGAUCCUCGCGGCGAGUCGUCGCGUUUCACGUAGGAGGUCCACGCGUUCUCGUGUCGCGUCGAAUUCUAACCGCCUUCGUCGGUUUGCUCGUUCGUUCGUUGGUUCGUUCGUUGGUUCGUUCAUUCGCUCGUUCGCUCGUUCGUUCGCUCGUCGUUUAUUCGUUCGUAAGUCUUCGUAGCUGCCGCCGGCGGCGUCCUGCCUGUCGCCGCGCGCCGCCGUCGCCGCCGCCGUCGCCGCCGCCGCCGCCGCCGCCGCCGCCGCCGCCGCCAGUCCGAGUUCGCGCGCGGUAGAAGAUGUAACUCCGCUAUUUCUCGCUCCUCUCUCUUUCUGUCCUUUCUUCCUUCCUUCUUCUUAUCCUUAAUCGUGUUGUUUUACGUCGUGCCACUCGAAAGUGAAGGAGGAAAAUAACGAAGGAUAUUCGCUAUUGUGUUCGGAUGUGACGAUCGUAUAUAUAUAUAUAUAUGUAUAUAUAUAUACACUUAUAUAUACAUACACACACAUAGGAUACAUAUUUAUUUCGUACGGACGAUCACGCGCGGCCGCGCGCUCUCUCUCUUCGCGUGGAAAAUAGAGAGAGAAAGAGAGAGAGAGAGAAAGAUAGAGAGAGAGAGAGAGAGAGAGAGAGAAGGGAAAAGUGUGAAGAGUGCGAACGAUUUGGGUCUCGGUGAUGAUAUCUCGUGUUACUCUUGUGAACGUUUGAAAAUCGUGAGUGGAUAUUAAUUAAAAGCAUACACACACAUAUACACACGUAUAUACGCGCCCACAUCCUACAUUACACACGUACACGCGUAAGGAUAUAUGUUUCUGUUAUAUAUCGAAUCGUGAUUCAACGAAAUUCCUUUGGGAUUCCGGCCGGCCUCGUCGAGGAGGCGAAGAUAUGCAGGGAGACUGACACCCGCGAGAGAGACAGGACAGAAAUCUCCCUCUCUUCCUUUCUCUCUCUCAAUCGUCGGAAACAGAGAGGCCGGUGGGAGAUGACGAUGACGAUUAUGAUGAUGAUAAUGAUGAGGAGAUGCCACGCGCGUCCUAUCGUCGUCCUACACGUCGCCGAUUUUCUUCUUCAUCUCCCGAGAAUCUUCUCGCUUCGCUGCUGACGCUGAACGAUCGGCCAUCUUCUUGGAAUCAUCUUCCUUGAAUUUUAAAAAAGAAAGAAAGAAAGAAAGAAAGAAAGAAAGAGAUAAAUAAAGAAAGAAAUAAAGAAAGAAAUAUAUAUAUAUCCAUAUAUAUAUAAAUAAUAUAUAUAUAUACACACCAUACGUACAUACAUAUACACACACGUGUAACACACCGUAUACGAUUUUUGGAGCGAACGAGCCCAGUGUUCUUUUUUUUUUUUUUUUUUGUUUUUCCUCGGAGAGAAAAGUCGGCGAAUCUCGUCGAAGUCUCGAAGUGAUCGAGGAAGGAUAAGUACGACAAGAAGGGAGAACGAGCGAAUCACGAGCAUCGAAGUUUCUUAAUUAUUUCCAAGAGGAAAAACAGCGAGAAGAUCGUCGGAGCUUGUCGUAGCCGGUGUCGCGACGGGGAGUACGCGACGCCGCCGGCGCGAUAAGCCGAAAAGAGUGCGGUAAUCGAGUGUGCGCGAAGUGCCGUGCCUCUUUCCUCGUCACUGUGGGAAAAUACAGCCGCUACGGUGGCUCAGCACGCAGAGUUCCCCGGCGCGGCCAGGGCGUUCAUGGCGCAGCCAAGGUACGACGAUGGCGGGCUGCACGGGGCCUACCUCGAGGGAGGUGGUGGCGGUGGAGGAGCAGGGCUGUACGAUCCACACGGUAGCGCCCGCGGUGUUCCGGGUCUUCACCACAGCCCUCACCUCGGGGGUAUGGGACCGGCCCACCCUCAAUAUCCCCCGCCGCCGCCUCAGCCACCCCAACACGUGCUCGCCGCGGCAGCAGCCGCUGCAGCCUCGGCAGUGCCCGAUGUACACAAACGCGACAAGGACGCCAUUUACGGACAUCCCCUCUUUCCGCUUCUCGCAUUGAUCUUUGAGAAAUGCGAAUUGGCGACGUGUACACCACGCGAGCCUGGUGUCGCCGGAGGAGACGUUUGUUCGUCCGAAAGUUUCAACGAGGACAUCGCAGUUUUUUCCAAACAGAUCAGACAAGAGAAACCCUACUACAUAGCGGAUCCGGAGGUUGACUCGCUGAUGGUUCAAGCGAUUCAGGUCCUUCGAUUUCACCUCCUCGAACUUGAAAAGGUGCACGAGCUCUGCGACAACUUCUGCCACCGGUACAUCAGCUGUCUGAAGGGCAAGAUGCCGAUCGACCUGGUGAUCGACGACCGAGAGAGCUCGAAGCCGCCGGAAAUGGGUAACGGGCUAGACGGAGGCGGUCCCAGGAGCACAGCCGACAGCACCAGCCACACGGACGGAGCUAGCACGCCCGACGUCAGGCCACCCUCCUCAUCGCUUUCCUAUCCUGGUGCGGGUGGUAACGAUGAUGCACGUAGUCCUGGAAGCGGUGGUACACCUGGACCACUCAGUCAACAAGCACCUACCAGUUUGGAUUCCUCGGACCCCGACGCCAUGGGAAAAUGGUGUCCGCGUAGAGAAUGGAGUUCGCCGCCAGACGCGCAAAGAGCGGCGAGCGAUGCUGCGCGUCGUGGCGUCCUUUAUUCCUCCGUCUUCCUCGGCAGCCCUGGUGACGCGAGCAACGCGAGUAUCGGCAGUGGCGAGGGCACGGGCGAGGAAGACGACGAUUCCUCGGGUAAGAAGAAUCAGAAGAAGAGAGGAAUCUUUCCGAAAGUCGCGACUAACAUUCUCAGGGCGUGGCUGUUUCAACACCUCACGCAUCCGUACCCCUCGGAGGAUCAGAAGAAACAACUGGCACAGGACACGGGGUUGACGAUUCUUCAAGUGAAUAAUUGGUUCAUCAACGCGAGGCGUAGAAUCGUACAACCGAUGAUAGACCAGAGUAAUCGAGCCGUGUUUCCACCAUUGUCCGCAGGUCCUAGCGGGGCGUACAGUCCGGACGCGACGAUGGGCUAUAUGAUGGACGGACAGGCGGCGAGCAUGAUGCACCGGCCGCCGGGCGAUCCCACCUUCCACAACCAGUACCAUUACCCGCCCGAGUACUAUGGACAUCACUUAUAAAGUAGCAGUCGCGUACCCAGAUAAAAACGGUGGAACGACGGUUCUUGCGGAUUGGAAAACGUAGAAACGCGUUGGGACCACCGUGCUCCAGCCGGCGAACCAGAGAGUCACGGAAGGGCGACGCGAAUGGCCGAAGAACGAGAAUAAUCUGCCGGGGAAAGGGGGAGGGGAGGGGGUGCGUCGAUAAUCCCCAAAGGGUAGACGUCAACUCGGAUCGUCAAGGAAGAGAGAGAGGGAGGGAGAGAGAGAGAGAGAGAGAGAAAAGAAGAAGAGAGAGAAAAAGGAUCUCUAACGGAGCGAAGAGUCUACGUGACGGAGGACGCAAAAGACGGAAGAAGAGAGCCGUCAUCGAAUGAUGACGAUGGACGAGGAUUCUCGAAGGACGAAAAGGAAGCAUCGAUUAAGGUGCUAAAGGAAAGAAGAGAAAGGAAAACGCAAAAAAAAAGAAGAAGAAGACGAAGAAAAAGAAGAAGAAGAAAACAAGAAAAAAGAGAGAAUGGAGGACACGCGGUCGACGCCUGGCGAAAGGAGAAAAUGGCCGCGAGGGGAAUUCAUGUGAUUGUUCUUUGUACAAAUGUCGCGGUGUAAUAUUGUAGUGAAUGAAGAAUUUAAAUGUUAAAUUUUAAUACCGAUCGCAAUCGAGAUAUAAUUAAAUAUGAGAACGAGUAACGCGGUGAUAUAUAGGCAAUUUAGCGGGCAUGUACAUUAAACGAGGGGAUAGACGAGAGAGAAAGAGAGCGAGAGAGAGAGAGAGAGAGAGAGAGAGAGAGAAAGAGAGAGAGAGAGAGAGAGAGGAAAUGAGGAAAAGAGACAUGAGAUUAAGAGAAUCAAGAAGGAAGAACUCGGAGCUCGUGCAGGAAGGUUCGAGAAAGGAUAGGGAGAUAAAGAAGAAGCUAAGAAAAUACGAGUGCGUCCGUGUAUGUAUACAUGAACGAGAGUGAGAUAUGUCCGUGGAAACAUACGUUCGAGUAUAUAUAUAUACUUAUAUAGAUACGUAUGUAUAUAUCUAUAUAUAUAUAUAUAGGAGAGAAAAAAAAGGAAUUUUAGAAGAGAAACGCGGUGCGCGGUGUUUAAGAGAUAAACUAUAUUAAGAGAUAAGAAAACGAAAGGGAGAGAUAGACCGAAUGAUCGCAACGCGUGUGCCGGACUCGAGCGUCGAUCGUUUAUUUGCAUAUAUAUAUAGGAGACAUUUAAAUUUGUACAGUUAUUAAUUAUAAAUGAAUUUACUAAUUAAAGGAAGAAGUAUAUAUAUAUAUAUAUAUAUAUAUAUAUAUAUAUGUAUGUAUAUACAUAUACAUGAACAGAGAGAGAGUGAUUACGCGACCCACGGUUGUAAUAUACUGUAAGUGAGCGUCGCGAUCGAGACUUGGACGAUGAUCGUGUUGCCGGUGCGCGUUUCGUAGGGGAAAAAAAAGCGAAAAAAUGUGAGUGAGAGAGAGAGAGAGAGAGAGAGAGAGAGAGAGCGAGAGAAAGAGAGAGAAAGAGAGAGAGAGUGAGAGAGAGAGCGAGAGAGAGAGAGAGAGAGAGUCGCACGAGGAGUGAUGAUAGUAAUAACGAAAGUUUAAGGGUAUGAAAGACCCUUUCCUCUCCUCUCCCCUCUUCACACACGCAUACCCACGCUCGUGCGCGCACGUAAGCACACACAGAGAUACGUAACACACAUACACCUGUCCUCGUUCUAAGGAUUAUUAACGAAAAGGUACAUGAUUACUUAUACACCCAUACCCACAUCUACACUCUAACACAGGACAUACAUCGACACAUACAUAAUGCAUACUUAUGUACACAAACAAACAUAAACAUACAGUUUAUUAUAAUAUAUUGUGUAUAAAUAGUUAAUUGAAUUGCGAAUCGAAGUGAAGGAAGAAGGGACAAAUAAACCGAGCAUAAUUUGAUUGGGCUAGCCGUCCGAAGGACAGACGGAUAAUAUGAACGAGCUUACGAGAGAGAGAGAGAGAGAGAGAGAGAGAGGUAGAGAGAGUUAGAGAGAGAAAGAGAGAGAAAGAGAGAGAGAGAGAGAGAGAAAAGAAAGUAUAUAAAAAGAAAAAUCGUUUCUUUUUACGCGUUAGGCCGUUUAUUAUGCCGAAAUACGCGAUUCCUUUCAAAAUUUCCGAGCGAUCUCUCUCCAGUGUUAAAAGAAUCGAUAUAGUUAAGAGAACGAGUCGUUCGCGAACUUCGUAAUAAGGAGAAAAACAAAAAAAAAGGAAAAACACAAGAAAAAAGAAAAAGAAAAUGAAGAAAAUAGAAAAAAAAAGAAAAAAAAACAGAGAAAAAACGAAUAGAGGCGAAGAAUUUUUCACGCUUAAUCCUUAUCCUUUCCUUUGCCCGAGAAGAACGCUAAUAUUCGUGGCACAUUUAGUUUUCUCGUUACAAUUCCUUUUUUCUUUCAUUUUGUUCACAGAAAAUGGACGAUGAAAAAAAUGUCUCGAAGAGAGAAAGAGAGAGAGAGAGAGAAGAGAUCGCUAAGAAAGAACAAGCGAUUUUUUUUUAAUUGGCCCCUUUGGCACGACUAGUCCUUUAAACAUCCUUAUUCUCGUUCUAACCCCAUCCCUCUCGCCCUCAUCCCGUUAUAUCCAUUCUUUUGUCGUCACUCCCAAACUUUCUUUUCUCGAAAACGUUCGCGUUUCCUUGAAAUUCCAAAAUAUUCGCGAUUUAUUUAGCGAUCUAUUAGAAGCACACGCCGAUAGUUAGCAUCACACACACAGACACACACACAUAGACACCUUUACAAACACAAAAGACGUUUAUUAAACUAGAUAUAAAAAUCGAGAGAGAGCAUCGCACAAUCACCUUCUUAGAGCCUGUAUUUAUAUCUCUUCCAAUCGCUUUGUCUCUUGGUAACCGACGAUCGGAGAUGUCUAUAUUUAUGUACGAAUCUUAUCGCGCGCGCGCAUCCUUGAUAUACGUAAACGAAAAAAGAAAAAGCAAAAAAUAAAAAAAAUAUAGAAGAAAGAGAAGGAGGAAGACGAAAGAAAAAGAGAGAGAGAGAGAGAAAAAAAAGAAAAGAAAACGGAGAGUAAAAAUAAAGAGAAAGACGGAGAACGAACGAUAAGGGCGAUAAUACGCGUUUCUUAUUAUUAUCGAAAAGUAAUGACGAAUUUUUCGAGGAAUAAUCUUUAAUGGACGAUGCGUCUUGUCAUGUAUACGAAAUCCAUAGAUAAAUGAAACUGAAUAAAGUAAACAAAUACAAAGAGAGAGAGAGAGAGAGAAAGAGAGAGAAAGAAAGAGAGAGAAAGAGAGAGAAAGAGAGAGAAGAGAGAGACAGAAAGAAAGAAAGAAAGAAAGAAAGAAAGAAGAGAAAAGGAAUUUUUAAUUAAAUCGACCGUCGAGAUCAUCACGCGAAAUAGAUAUCGGUGCGACAUGGUGAAGGAUGCUUUUUCUCUCUCAAUCUCUAUCUCUUUCUCUUUCUCUAUUUCUUUCUCUUUCUCAUCCUUUCUUUCUCUCUCUGCCUGUCUGUUUCUCUCUCUCUCUCUCUCUCUCUCUCGCUUUCUCUCUCUCUCACUCGUUUUCUCUAGCGCGUGCGAAUUUUCGCUUCGACGAUCGAACGACGCGACUCGAACCGAAUCAUCCGAACCUAUCGAUCGCGUUCGUCCGAAUCGACGAGGAGAGGACCGUGAGAGAACGGAGAGACGGAGAAUGCGAGAAAGAGAGAAACAAAACGAGAAAGAAUAAUAAAACAAAAGUUUACCGAUAUUUUCAAUACGCCCGCAUACACGUACGUACAUAUACACACGCACAUACAUGCACACAUGGACAAAGCAUGCAUUAUUGUAUAAAGAAAAGAGAAGAAGAAAAUAGGAAAGGGAAAAGAGAGAGAGAGAGGAAGAAAAACUUUUCUCUCUUUCUUUCUAUCUCUGUCUCUCUGUCUCUCUCUCUCUCUCCCUCUCUCUCUCUCUCUCUCUCUCUCUCUCUGAAGUUUCUCUUUCUGUCUGUCCGUCUGUCUGUACGAGAAGAAACAAAAAAGAAAAAAGAUAUAAAAAAAAGAUGAUAAAAAGAAAAAGAAAGAAAUAUGAUAUGGUCCUUUUCUCGCUAACUUCUUCGUAAUCUCGCGCGAGAGACGAGCCGGCGAUCUCGCGGGUGUUUCGAGUACACGUCGGCGUUCUAGUAUACUAAACAAAAAAAUUUUAAGUAAUAAUAAUAUUAAUAAUGAAUAAAGAUGAUAAAAAUAAACAAACGAUAACCGAAGUAUACCGAAAGACUCAGGUUUGAGAAAAAAAAAGUCAUUAUAGGAUUACAUUUUACGGUCCUGGUUGUAAUUGGAGUUAUUCCUCGAAUCCGUUAUCGCGUUACGCGUGCGCGUGCGCCUGGCUGCCGUGGCUCCUCUUCGUCUUAUUAAAUUACAUGGACACUAACGUAGACACCUACGCGAACUCAUACAGACACACAGAAAUACAUCUAUAAACCAACAUACAACAUCGAGACACCAAUACACGUAUACACGUACGCACAUAAUAUGCAUACACUUGCGCACUUGCAAACACAUACACACAUACACACCACUCAAAAAACACGUACGAUCGAUCCUGCGAUUUUUGUCCAACGAGAACGGAACGAAGAGAGCCAACUUGUCGCUUCUCCUCGCUUCGUACAAAUCCGAAACAAUCCGAAACUUCAUGCGGAGGAAGUUUCACGAAAAAAAAAAAAGUUAUAGACACGACCGAAGGAGAAGGGGGAGAAAAAAUGGUAUACGAGUUUAAAACGAAACUAAACAGGAAAGACAAGAAAAUAAAAAAUAGAAUAUAUAUGUACGUGUAUAUUCAAAGUAGCGCUUUUGAAAUAAUGCUGCGACCGGUCGGCGAGUUCUUUCUUUUUUUUUUUUUUUUUUUUAAAAAAAAAAGAAAAAAAAAGACGAAAUAACGAAGUUUUAAUUAAUAAAGGAUAAAUUAGAGAUACGUGUUUUUUACACGAGGACCAAGAUUUUUAUGAAUCUCGAUUGGAUCCAACAAUGGCGACACGUGUCGUUAUUCUAUACGCGAAAUAUGACAGAGAAAUAGAGAAAGAGAUAUACAUAUAUAUAUAUAACUAUAUAUAGAAAGAAAGAAAGAGAAAAAGAGACAGGGGUGAGAGCGACACGACCGGUCACGCAUGAUUUCAAUUUCACGCGUUUUAACAAAUGUAAUCGUAUUUUAAAGACUUAUCGAGAACGCGACAAUCAAGGACGUCGAUCCGACCGUGAUGAUCGCAGCUCCACGAAUCGUCGAGGGUAAUAAUAUUAAUAAUAAUACUCGCGAGGGGUGGUUCACUGGCUUUUUAUUGAAUUAUAUUUAUUCUAUGACAAAACAAAAUAUCAUUUUUUAUCAUUUCUCAAGAACCGCCCUUCGUUAUCAUCCCCGACGCUCGGUGGGAUCGUUAUGUAAAUCUACGUUAUUACUCUCCUUUGCACGAAGUUUCGGUUGGAUUAAGUUAUCAAUGAUCGAACGAUAUCGAGACUAUGAUCAACGAAUCGUAAUCGUUACAUUUACUUAUUUUUCAUUGCGUUUUACUUAUCUUAUCAUUCAAUUCGUUGAUCCAGCGAGCUCGAAUAUGUUCGAACAAACCCUACAAUCGUCCUUCUUGCGAAACGCUUCUGCCAGAUCAAUUUUAAUCCGAUCACCGAAGAGAAACUUUAUGAAUUUUCAUCCAUUUUCUUUUUUUCUUCUUUUCCACUUUGCAAUAACCAAUAAAGAAAUAUAAUUAUUGUAAGCACGCGUAAGAACGUGGACGCGUUUCGUAGGACGAUAACGAAGAUCGUGCGAUUCGAAAGACGACGAGAAAGAAAGAAAGAAAAAAGAGAGAAGAAUAGAAAAUGAAAAAGAAGAAGAAGAAGGAGAAGAAGAAGAGGAAGAGGAAGCAGGAGGAAAAGAAGAAGAAGAAGAGAGAGCGAGCGGACGACGUAUUGGCUGUUCGUUUUAUAAAUGAGUUCACUCGAUUGAAUCAUCGCCUUAAAAAUGUAUACGAAGUAACGGUAAGGUAUCUAAGUAAUAAUCAUGUUAGACGGUAAAAAAAAAAAAAAACGUAAAACAAAGAUUUUAUGAGCAGCGACACGAGGGUAGUGAUUGAGUGAGUGAGAAGGAUCGCGAGAGAGAGAGAGAGAGAGAGAAAGAGAGAGGAAAUAUAUCGGAGAAAGAAUGAAUGAGAGAGAGAGAAAGAGAGAGAGAGAGAAUCGUAUGCGUGAGAGUGAACGCAUUUUGAGAAGACAGAAAUUUGGCGGCCCUUGUAUUUGUGUGUGUAUCGUGUGAUUGCUAUUGAGAAAGAUCCGAGAGAAAGCGAGAGUGUGAGAGGAGAAAUAAUGUAUAAUUAUUGUAUAAUCACGGACGAUGAUGAUAACGACUACGGCCGUCGGCGAUAACGACGAUGAUCGUAAUGAUGACGAUAACGACGUAUACGCGCGUCGUCGGCGAAGAUCACACGGCUUCGUUUAUUAUUAUGAUCGCGAGUGUUGAACGAUUAUGAUAACGACGAUUACGACGACGACGACAAAGACGACGAUAUGAAUGAUGAUUACGAUGAUGUGUAUAGUAAGCUAAAAAUUUAUUCUAUAUCGGUAUGGAAAUUCAGAUUUUUUCAACUGUUUGCGUAUUGAUGACCCAUUGACACCCUUAAAAGUUAAAAAUUAAUCGAAAGAAAUAAGAGAUAAAAGGAAAAAAAAAAGAAACGAAGGAUGACGACCGCGAGGACCGGUAAAUAAAUUUAAAUGAACAAAUGUGGGGGAGGGGGAGGGGGAGGGAGAGGGGUAAAGAAGCAAGGGCUAAAAAAAUUGGUGUUCUUCUGCUUUGUAAAAAAAAAAGGGAAAAAAAGGAAAAAAAAAGAAAAAAAAAGGAAAAAAAAACAGUAACAUUAACAAAAUCGUACUGCUCUUCGAUAUAUCAUAUAAACCCAAAAUCGAUUGUGAUAACGAGAAUAACGAGAUAGGGGGAAAAGGAGAGAGAGAUAGGACGAACGACAUGGAAAACGCUCGCUCGCUCACUCGCUCGCUCACUCACUCACUCACUCACUCACUCACUCACUCACUCACUCACUCACUCACUCACUCACUCACUCAUUCACUCAACCAUUUUCACGCGCGCUCACACGACACUACAAACAUACUCACACGUAUACUAACACACGCAAUGCCGAUAGUUGUUUUGUUUGGUUGUUUUUUUUUUCUUUGUUCUUUUCGUAUCGUGACGAACGAACGAGCUUACACACGAGGAAACGCGACUGCGUUAGGGAUCGAGCGAAAUUAGAAAGUAAAUAUUGGAAGAAAUAUAGCAACAAUAAGAACAAGAGGAAGAAAAGUGGAUGAAAGGCGCCUUUUAGCGGUUAAACGAUAGCCGAGGAUGAUGUACCAUCGAAAGAUGUAAAGUAUUAGUAUUAUGGGACUAUGUGCAUACAAGCAUUACAUAUAGCUGUAUUAAGGGCGCAAGCGUCUCGAGCCGAUAUCACGCAGCAAACAGACAAAUCACUCGAUGAUCAAUUUGUGCACUUUUAGAUCGAUCGAUUCUGUUCCAUUCAGGAGAAAAAAAAGAAAAGAAAAGAAAAAAAAACAGUAAGAGAUAAUCUUCAUGGAAUCGAUUUUAAUCAUGAAUACGACGAUGAGAGAAAGGACGAUGUCAAAGGUGGUCUAUGUUAGAGAGUGUCCAUUGUGUAUAGUGUUUUUUGAAACGUGAGCAUUAAAUGCUACAUCUUGUGUAUA